UCCCAGGAUAUGAAUCAUGAAAGAGUUUCAUUGUGUACAAAGGAUGAUAUAUCGGUAAGUAAAGGUGACGGAUGUACAGAACGAGUGAGAGAGACACAGAGAGAACUUCAAAUCGAACAGAGGACAGAAGACAGAUGAUUGAAUGAAGCCUCCACCACUAACCAUGCAGUGGAGUCUAUCUCUCUGCUCUUUAAUGGGAGUUGCGUUAUUAGCCCAGAUGAGCAGCACCUCAACAGUAAACGUUGCGUUACAAGGAGCGGCCACUCAGUCAUCACAGUACUCUGCUCAAAAUACUAAUGUUAAUCAUGUGAAAGCUUCUAAUGCCAUUGACGGGAACAAAGACCCAAACGCCGACAAUGGAUCCUGCACCCACACAAUGAAGGAGACCAACCCCUGGUGGAGAGUGAACCUGCUGGAUGUGUACAAAGUGACUACUGUUGUAAUCACCAACAGAAACAGCAAUCCUGAGAGGCUCAAUGGUUCAGAGAUUCGUAUUGGUAAUUCACUGGAGAACAACGGCAACAACAACCCCACAUGUGAGGUCAUCUCCAGCAUCUCAGCAGGACAGAACCAGACCUUCCACUGUAAAGAGAUGGAGGGACAAUAUGUCAGUGUGAUCAUCCAUGGCAAUAACCAAAUUCUCACUCUGUGUGAGGUGGAGGUAUAUGGCAGUCUAGCGGGACACUGUUCAUCUGCAACAUGCCUCUCUCAUGACGAGUAUCACUUUGUGAACCAAAAUAAGACCUGGACUGAAGCACAGAGUUAUUGCAGACACCGGUACACGGACCUGGCCACCAUAGACAACGUGGAGGACUUGGACAGACAGAUGAAAGCUGUACACAGUGAUUAUACUAAAGCAGCCUGGAUAGGGUUAAAGAAGGGAGACUGGAAGGCAGAGUGGCAGUGGUCAGACAAUGAUUGCAGUGAGGGAUAUUUCAACUGGCGCCAAGACGAACCAAAUAACAGGGAAGGGAACGAGGACUGUGUGAUGAUGAGCAACGGUAGCCAAUGGAAUACAUCUAAUUGCAACAAUUCACAUGCAUUUAUCUGCUAUGACAGACUGACCAGUUCUGGUACGAAAUUCCAUUUGAUUAAUAAUAAUCAGAUGACUUGGAGAGAUGCUCAGAUGUACUGUAGGGAGAAUCACACAGACCUGGCCAGUGUGAGGAACCAGACUGAGAACGAGGAGAUAUUUAGACUGGCUAGUGGUGAUAGUGUGUGGAUUGGCCUGUUCAGAAGCUUCUGGAAGUGGUCGGACCAGAGUAACUGCUCAUUCAGAAACUGGCAUGAGAGACAACACGAUAACACCGAAGGGAAUCAGAUCUGUGCUGUGACAUUUAUGAACUAUUCCGGGCGUUGGGGUUUUCAGAAGUGUGAUGAAAAACAACCUUUCUUCUGCUACUACAAUAAGGUGAUCUUGAUCCGUCAGAAUAAGACGUGGAAAGACGCCCUGGCCUACUGCAGAGAGCACCACAACAACCUGGUCUCUGUCCACUCUGAAAAGGUCCAGAGAUGGGUGGAGGCCCAGGCCAAGAGAGCCUCCACUCCUCAUGUGUGGCUGGGCUUGCGCUUCACCUGCACUUUGAACCUCUGGUUCUGGGUCAGUGGAGAGUCCACCUGCUACAACAACUGGGCUUCGGGAAACGGGACCAUCAUGGAGGACUGUGGGAGAACCGGAGUGAGGAGUACCGGGGCGGUAGAGAAAGAUGGAAGACACAAGUGGGUCAGUCUGCCUGACACAGUAGAGCUCAACUUCAUCUGCACCUAUAAAAAAAAACUAGAAUCUGGACCACAGUAGUAGAAUCUGGACCAAGGUAGUAGAAUCUGGACCAAGGUAGUAGAAUCUGGACCAAGGUAGUAUAAUCUGGACCAAAGUAGUAGAAUCUGGACCAAGGUAGUAGAAUCUGGACCAAAGUAGUAGAAUCUGGACCAAGGUAGUAGAAUCUGGACCAAGGUAGUAGAAUCUGGACCAAAGUAGUAGAAUCUGGACCAAGGUAGUGGAAUCUGGACCAAAGUAGUAGAAUCUGGACCAAGGUAGUAGAAUCUGGACCAAGGUAAUAGAAUCUGGACCCAGCUCUAGCAGGGUACCAUUCCCAGACAUGGGUUUGGCCUAGUCCUGGACAAAAAAAAGCAGAGAAGAAUCUCCAUUUAGAAUUCUUUUUAGUCCAUGUCUAGGCUUAAUCUGUGUCUGGGGAAACCGGCCCUCAGUCUUCAGAUCUAUAUAUUUUCAUUCAUAGAACUUUCUGGAAGCAUGUUGCUGUCGCAGCUUUUGAAAAAGAAAAGCAUCACACUCUAGCUCAGAUGUAAUAAUUUAAUAACCAACGUUUGGACAGACAAGCUGUCUUCAUCAGGGUAUAAUGACAAACACUGUGUGUCACUAGUUGUCUCUGUAAUCAUGGCUGGGUAUGGCUUGAUAUCAUUGGUCGAUUUACAGAUAUAAAUAGAACAUAUAAAAAAUGGAUAUACGAUCAUAGAUACAAUUCAGCUACAUCAGCCAAUAAACAUUUACAAUGAACAGCAAAAUCACAAUAAUCACAAGAAUGGCUUGUGUGUUGAAUGUUGAGACCGAAGGGAGUGAGGGUCUUUAAAGUUCCGGGCGGCCUCUUGUUUUAACAAUACAUUUUCACGAUUGUAACUUUACAACUUUUUUUGUUUGACAUUAUAUUGUGUUGUGUGUGUGACUUAAUAAAUUAUUAGAUUUGUAUAGAUUAUGUUUAAGGUUAAAAAAAUAUAUAAUAAUCUUGUUAUACUGUUUUAUCUUUUGAGGUUGUUUAUUCACAUCCUUUUCACAUAUUUUGUCGAAACAUUUUAUUAGUCUUUCAAUCACAUAUAGACCUGGAUGAUCAUUGUUGAUGUUCAAUUUGACUGUCCUUUUAGUGUCAAUAGUAUGUGUGAGUAUGUGACGUUUGAUUAUUGUUUCAAUGUCAUAUUUUGAUGCUGUUUUUGAACUCUUUAUUUUUGGUUUAAGUGAUUGUUUUACUAUUUUGUUGAUUAUUUGAUCCACCGCCAAUGUGGCAAAAAUAAUAUAAAUAUAUAUAUUUGUCAAGUUGCUGUGUAAUAAAAAAACAAACAUUUCAUAGAUUGUUAAAAAAGGUAUUUAAAGGUCAUGUUUUAUAUUAAAUUGGAUGAUAUUUGAAGGAAGCCAGAUCAAAGUAUGAAAAAUGACUGUUGCUUCUACAUUGAUAAAGUCACUCAAAACUCCAA